AUGUUGCAUGUCCUCUUGACAUCACCAGAUGACUACAACAAACAAGACAAAGAAGGGAAAACGCCAUUGCAUUACGCAUGCAUAAAGGCUAGCCCGUGCAUUCUGCACAAACUCCUAGACAAAACGCAAGGAAACAUCAAAGACGUUUACGGUGACAUACCGUUAACAGUUGCCAUAAAGUAUAAUAACGAAAGAGCGGUAGAUAUGCUGUGGCAUAGCGUCCACUUCAACGCAUCAGCAAGAGACAAUCAACAAAAUACGCUACUCCACAUGGCCUGCCGCCACGAAAACUUAUCACUUCUAAAAAUAAUUUUUUCCCGCACAACAGACUUCAAUGCAAGAAAUGUGUAUGACGAAACCCCUCUUCACAUUGCAUGCUCUGUCAACAAUCGAACGGCAAUUAGAAUGCUAAAAGAAAAAUAUGUAGACAGAAAUGCUCUAGAUGUGAAAGGACAGACGCCAUUAGUCAUAACGGCAAGUUUCAAUCACACGGAAGCAGCAAUGGAACUGUUCGACGACACAAACACGCCAGUCGAACCUAUUUUAUUAAAUGAUGACAUCAACGCAACAGAUGUAAUCAUCGUAAAUGGCGAACCUAUCAACAUAAGAACGUGUAUUCUACUAGACGCCACGGACGAAAAUGGAAACACAGCCCUGCACUACUGUUCUCUUUUUGGAAAUAAAGAACUGGCCAGUUUUCUCAUCCACAAAGGCGCAAGAAUAACGGUACUGAACUGCCAUCUGGAUACAAUUGCCCCAUAUACACAGAGGUAUAUGAACCCCAGCAGGAGAUGCCGUGGAAUGUACAAGAAUUGGAAACUGAACAAUUAUUUCCAGAUGGAGGACAAAGUGGCCUAG